AUGUUUGUCGUUCUUUGUAAUGCAGCUCGCGAAUCAAAACAUUCACAACAUAGUGGCGGCGAUUUGACAACUUCAAAGCUCCAACAUGUGCACAUCGAUGGUCUUUCAGCUUUGUCAUUGACUCAAUUGUCCGGGGAGAGGCGUCUUGGCAUUGAGAUACACCAGUGUGAAAUCAACGGUCUAGCAAAUCAACCACGACCACGCUCAAUAUGUUGUGAGCUUGUUCAGCUGGAUACCUCGUGGCGCGUGAAAUCACCAAACGGCUCAAGUAUAAAGCAACACUCAUUCUGUGCCAGUAUCAGUCCGUCGCAGUCACCCUAUCACACAUCCAUAUUGUUACUCGAACCAGCGAUGUCUGAACCCAACCCGUGUACUGGUCAUGGGAUCUACUUUUCUGGCAUUUUCCGUAUUGAUGAAACCCUGACCGAAGAACAAAAGUUCAAAGUCGAGUUCCGCAGUUUUGCAACUAACAUUGUGUGCAGUGGAGACGAACCCGAUGACACUGUGGACUACGAAAUUAGGGCCACGGGGUUCAGCAAUCAAGAUUUUAUGCUACAUCCGGGUCACCUGUACUUCUUGCGGGGGUCCUUUUUCCCUACCAAUACUUGUGACACCUACAACGAUGAGUUGUUUUUUGAAGGCUUUGAUCGAGCAGUGAUUGGUACGGCAGAGUCUUAUUCCGAAAGCUUAGCCAAUAAGCUUGGCAUCACGGGUAUUGGUCGAGUGCUUGAUGUCGAGUUUUAUGUUGAAGACCAUAUGCAAUACCUUAAGCGUCAUGCAAGUGAGCCCGAUAAAAUUACUUUGUAUGCUGUUGUCCAGCAUUGUGACUACCACCCGGAGACAAAAGAAGCAACAUCUAUGACGGUCGAAUACCGUGUUCCUCCUUUCAAGCAUCUUGCAGGAUCCCCUCAAAUUGUAAAAAAGGGCCGUGAAUGCCAAUUCCACGGCUAUGUUAAAGAUUUCAACGAGGAGACAAACCGUUACAUUGUGAUCGUGAACAAAGUAGCACCUACCUCUGGCCACCUUGAGUCUGCGGGGCGCAAAAAAGCAGUUAAGACCUGUGCCUUAAGGUUCAGUUCGCGCCCUGUCAACACGCCUUUCAAGUCUCCGGCCACGGCUUCCGCUUCCAGCUCCAGCAUCCCAUUCCCAGGAUCGGAUCAGACCCCUGCGUCCAUUGCUUCGAGCGGCGAACAACCAAAACAACCACCCAAAAAGAGAGCACGAGCUCAACCCAAAAGAAACGCCACCAAAGUGAUUGCGCCUGAAUCUGAAGAAAUAUAG